AAAGAGAUAAAUGGCAGCUAACAAAGCUCUCAGUCUUCCGUUAAUUCUAACGGCGUUAACUCUACACUUGACGAUCAUCGCCGGCGAGUAUUUCACGCCGUUCAAUGUCACUUACGAUCACCGUGCACUUAUCAUCGGCGGUAAACGCCGUAUUCUUAUCUCCGCCGGAAUUCACUAUCCUCGCGCCACUCCUGAGAUGUGGCCUAAAUUAAUAGCUAGGAGCAAAGAAGGCGGUGCAGAUGUCAUUGAGACUUAUACAUUUUGGAAUGGUCAUGAGCCAACGAGAGGACAGUAUAACUUUGAAGGAAGAUAUGAUAUUGUCAAGUUCGCAAAGCUAGUUGGAUCUCAUGGAUUGUAUCUCUUUAUUCGAAUAGGCCCUUAUGCUUGUGCAGAAUGGAACUUCGGGGGAUUCCCCGUAUGGCUUCGUGAUAUACCUGGAAUAGAAUUUCGAACGGAUAAUGCUCCAUUCAAGGUAUUAUAG